AUGGUGUUUCUCAGCAAGCGCGUAGCAGAUUUAGCAAGGUCGCAAUGCCGUCAUGGGGUCAGAUCAUUAUCACUGGCCGCCUCGACAAGCGCCCGAUUUUUCAAUAGGCGCAGAGUCGGAGCAAGCUACUCUUCGCUUGCCGGAAAGUCUAGUGCAGACAGGAACGCGAUUGUCACAGGCUCAAGCCGGGGAAUCGGGAAAGCGGUAGCACUACGACUGGCCGCUGACGGGUACAACAUAUGCGUCAACGACAUAAGCGCCAAUCAAGCCGGCUGCGACGAAGUGGCGGAAGAGAUCCGAAGCAAGGGAAGAAAGGCCUGCAUUGCCAUCGCGGAUGUCUCGAAGAGGGAUGAAGUCAAGGACAUUGUGCAGACCAGUGUCGAUGAACUUGGGCCCCUGAACACGAUGGUCGCCAAUGCCGGGAUCGCCCAGGUUAAGGCGCUCCUUGACCUGACCGAGCAAGACUUCAGGCACAUGUUCGAAGUCAACGUCUUCGGCGUGCAGAACUGCUUCGCCGAAGCAGCCAAGCAGAUGAUCAGCCAAGGCAACUGCGUCCCGGACCGACCGGGCAAGCUGAUAUCCGCUGCGUCGAUCGUCGCAUUCAAGCCCUUCCCACUGCUGUCGCACUACAGCGCGAGCAAGUGGGCAGUCCGCGGCCUGACGCAGGCUUACGCUAUGGAGCUAGCUGAACACAACAUCACCGUCAAUGCCUACGCCCCUGGCAUCGUGGGCACAGCUAUGUGGGAGCUUAUUGAUGCUCAGAUGGCCGAGAAGAAGGGUAUGCGGAAGGGAGAAGUCAUUAAGAAGAUGGUGCAUGAGCAGACGGCUCUAGGAAGGGUGAGUGUGUCUGAGGAUGUGGCCAAGCUGGUCAGUUUUCUGGCGAGCAGCGAUAGUGACUUCGUCACUGGUCAGACGCAGGUAGUCGAUGGCGGUAUCAUCUAUACCUAG